UUUUUGGUUUACUUUGUGUCUGAAUACAUGAAUUAGUUCUAUUUACGCAAUGCGGUCAACAUCACUGUCUACACAAAGGAGGAGCAGCGGUAAACUGGGAAUAUUCUGACAAUCCUGCCACAUUCUCGCUCAAUCUUUAACAACUAUACUCGGACCCAUAAGCUGUUCGACGAAAUGUUUAACAGAAGAUUCUGAAUUUAAUUAUUAUGGCACUUAUGGAGCAGAGGAGCUUUCUUGGCUCACUGGGUCCAUACCCACUCUCUGAAGCUACAAUAACAAGUAGCAGAAUUCUAUAUGGAGCUAGUUCAAGUCUGUUCAUCCCAAGCAGUUAUAAUACUGGAAGAAACAUGAAUUUAAUGGCACACUCUUGUGCUAGUAGGAAUACCAAACUGUAUUACAGGAAACUUCCCAAGAACCUGCAUAAUCCACGCCGACCUAAGCUCCCCCCAGACCCCAGCCUUCUCGGUCUUGACACGGUUGCCCAGAGGAAUAUGCCUGGCUCUUCUACCAAUGACAUCUUUACAGAUGAUGACAACUUUGAUGAUCUUGUAGUUGAUGAUGAAGAGAAGGAAGAAGGAAGUUACGUUAGUCAUGAUGAAAAUGGUGAAAUUAUGUGGGACCAAGAUGAGAUUGAGGCAAUCUCCUCACUUUUCCGGGGGAGGAUACCUCAGAAGCCUGGAAAUUUGAAUAGACAAAGGCCUUUACCGCUGCCACUUCCCUGCAAGAACAGAGCUUUAGGCCUUCCAAACCAGAAGAAAUUUUCAAGAAAAUCAGUUGCUAUAUCUAGGCAGUCAGUGUCGAAUCAGUUGUACAGGAAUCCAACUUUUUUGGUUGGUUUAGCUAAGGAGAUUAAAGACCUCCCUCCCAAGGAGAAAAAUGUGUCGCUGGUUCUAAAUAAGUGGGCUCGGUUUCUUCGUAAAGGGUCCUUGUCCAUAACAGUUCGUGAGCUAGGCCAUAUGAGUUGUCCUGAAAAAGCUUUACUUGUGUUUUGUUGGACUCAGAAACAGCCACAUUUGUAUCCAGAUGACAGGAUUCUUGCUUCCACUGUUGAGGUCUUGGCUAGAUCACAUGAGUUGAAAAUGCCUUUCAAAUUUGAUGACGUUAAAUUUAUCAGCAUGGUCAGCCGGAAUGUAUAUGAAGCGAUGGUAAAGGGCUUUAUUAAAGGUGGAAGUUUGAAUAUCGCGUGGAAGCUUCUCUCAGCUGCUAGAGAUAGUAAAAGAAUGUUGGACUCAGGAGUAUAUGCUAAGUUAAUUUUGGAGCUAGGGAAGAAUCCGGAUAAAGAAGUAUUAGUCUUAAGCUUACUUGAAGAGCUUGCUGCAAGAGAGGAUCUGAAUUUGACUCCACAAGACUGUACUGCAAUCAUGAAAGUUUGUGUAAGGCUUGGGAAGUUCCACAUUGUGGAGGGGCUUUAUGAUUGGUUCAAGAUGUCUGGUCGUGUUCCAAGUGUAGUCAUGUAUACUACAGUCACUCAUAGUCGCUAUUCUGAGAAGAGAUAUAGAGAGGCAUUGGAUGUUGUUUGGGAGAUGGAAACUACAAACUGCCUCUUUGAUCUUCCUGCUUAUAGAGUAGUAAUAAGGCUUUUUGUUGCUUUGGAUGAUCUCCCUAGGGCUGUACGCUAUUUCGCAAAACUUAAAGAGGCAGGUUUUUCUCCAACUUUUGAUGUGUACCACUGCAUAAUUCAAAUCUAUUUGUCUUCUGGUAGAAUAGCCAAGUGUAAGGAGGUCUGCAGGGAAGCAGAGUUGGUGGGGUUCAAACUGGAUGAGCAAAUAAUAUCACAAUUGUUUGAACUGGAUAAAUGAAUUAGGGUAACUUUUGUUGUCUAUUUCAUUUUUGUUGCUUCUAUCUGACGGCUCAUUUUGAUCUGUAUGCACUCUGUUGAAAGUAUGAUAUUCUGAGCCUUGACCAUCUCAGUUGAAUUUA